UUCUAUCAUACAUUCAUCAUUGAUACAUGUAUGGGUCGUGUGAUCAGUGUACUUCGCUAGUAGUACUACCAGUGCUCUAGCAUCACGAGCCAGGACACACACCAUCGUUUUGGUAGCUAGCGAUCUGCGAUGGGGAAGGCCAUGGUCGCGGAGGCCACGGCACGGCAGGCGGCAUCUUUCGUCCUCGGAGCCGCCGCGGCCCUCACCGUCGUCAUGCUCGUCCAGUACCGGGCACCGGCGGCGGGGCUCAGCCGCGCCAGGACGCACGGCCAGUUCUCCGGGUGGAGAUCAUUAGACCACCGCCGUCUCAACGGCACAGCAGGACUUACUGAUCAUCAGGCUCCGGUUGUGGUUGCAGGAGAAGGCCAUCAUGUUCAUCAUGCUAACGCCACGCUGAAGGCCAAUUCAACUAGGACUCGUGCAAGUCAUCUUCCCAUCGCAGAUCACGAAGAAGAGGAAGCGGAGGAGUUCCGGGGGCUAGCGGCGGCGGUGGCACGGGCGGCGACGGACGACCGGACGGUGAUCAUCACGUGCGUGAACCAGGCGUGGGCGGCGCCAGGCUCCCUGCUCGACCUCUUCCUCGAGAGCUUCCGCAUCGGCGACGGCACGUCCCGGCUCCUCCCGCACGUGCUCGUCGUCGCCAUGGACCCGGCCGCGCACGCCCGGUGCCAGGCCGUGCACCGCCACUGCUACCACUACACCAUGCCGGGCCUCAACAUCAACUUCACCUCCGCCAAGUUCUUUGGCUCGAAAGAAUGGCUGGAGCUGGUCUGGAGCAAAGUCAAGCUUCAGCGCCGGAUCCUCGAGCUCGGCUACGGGUUCCUCUUCACCGACGUCGACAUCAUGUGGUUCCGCGACCCGUUCAAGCACGUGACGGCGUACGCCGACAUGACCGUCUCCUCCGACGUCUACUUCGGCGACCCGGACAGGCUCAGCAACUUCCCCAACACGGGCUUCUUCCACGUGAAGCCGAACGCUCGGACGAUCGCCAUGACCAGACUAUGGCACGACUCCAGGGGGAAGUACCCGGGCGCCAACGAGCAGCCGGUGUUCAACAUGAUCAAGAAGCAGCUGGUGGCGAAGCUCGGGCUCCGGCUGCGGUACCUGGACCCGGCGCACGUCGGCGGGUUCUGUAGCUACGGGAAGGAUCUGGGGAAGAUUGUGACGAUGCACGCGAAUUGCUGCGUUGGGUUGAAGAACAAGAUGAGGGAUCUGAGGACCGUGCUGGAUGAUUGGAAGAAUUAUACCCGGUUGCCGCACUGGGAGAAGCACCGGGCCAAGUGGACUGUGCCCGGCGCCUGCAUCAAGUGAAUGUGCAGCUGCAGGGGAAGGUUCCUGCUGGUAGUUGCUACGGAUCGAUUGGCUUGAUCUAGCAAUUUUUUGUCAAGUUUAUAUGAUAGGGUAUAUGUUGGUAUACGUGUGUGAUAUGGAGUAUAUUGCAGAAAAAUACUGUAUUUAAUUUAAAUAUCCGAUUUACUAA